AUGUCUUGGAACAGACGCCUUGAGUAUGAUUCGGCCGAGGCUGUCAAGUGCAAGAGUUGCAAGCCGACGGAGAGCGAUCCGAUCGACGCUCCCAUUUUGGAGUUCAGAAGCACGGACGCCGCCGAAUCGCAGUUCCCAACCGGCCGCGUAUUUUAUGUGCCAGGCGGCGAUCUGGAUGCUGACUGCAUGUUUCAAGCCGCAGCUAUGUUGAUGGGGGAACGCUGGAAACUGGGAGCGGUGCCGUCUAUCUUCUCCCGUCCGCGCGGAGAGGUGACUUCCUGUGCCAGGGCUGCAAGAGGAGCUUCGUGCCGACUGCCACUUGACACGCCGUUGACUGGAUGCUUAAACAUUGGCUCACCGCUUUCUGCUGGACCCUCUGUUGGUUCUUGGCUUUCCGUCUUCGGAUUGGUGGUGCGUGGGGAGUGGGACUGUGUGGAACUCGCAGUGAGAGAGGAAGACUGGGCCCUCAUUUUCGCCGUAGAAGAUGGCGACGCGUACGAGACGAAGUUCCCGCAGAUGCACCGCUUUGAGGUUAAAGGCCCCGGCGUGUGCACGCAGAACUUUGUCGACUCCAUCAGCCCAGCGACGUGGCCAACCAACUUCGGGGACCCAAAGAAUCUGGUCCUGGCUGCGGAUUUUAUCUAUUUUGUGCCUGAUGCUGGCAGCACGACCCUGUUCCGUGCCGAUGUUGCUACAAUGACUCAGGUUCAGGAAUUGAGCGUUGGCUCGAGCUUCUCCUCCGGGUUUGCAGAUCGAGAUGGGGCAUAUGUGUACUUGGUACCGGACAGUUCCGGCUAUGCCUUCAAGCGGGUUGCAACUAGCACGUUUGACGCGACGGAGACUGCGAGCUUGGCUCAAACGAGCUUCAUGGGUGGUUUUGUCGCCGGUGACUUUGUGUACGUGAUGCCAGGAACCUUCGCGCAUGGUGUGAUCAACAGGGUGGACAUCGCUGGAUUUUCAACCAUCAGCGAGUUGGACCUGAAGUCUGUCGAUUCGAGCCUCAGGGACUUUUCUGGUGGAUUCUGGAGUGGAGAGUGGGGUUACUUGGUGCCGCUGCAGGACAAUGCCAAUGCCCCGAGCAGCAAGGUGGUCCGCUUCAAGCUGGCAGCUUUCUCUACACAAGAUGUGGAAAUUCUCCAGCUGUCCACAUCUGGCGGCUUCAUUGCUGGGUUUCAGGAUGGAAGAUAUGGCUACCUGGUUGGCAAAACCAGUGAAGAACUCGUUCGAUUCAGGUUGGAUAUAUUCGGUGAUGAUGAAGCAUUGUCUUUAUCUGGAGAGCUCUCCGGCAACGAGAUUAGUGGAGCUUUGAAGGUGGGUGACUAUGCAUACGUCUUGGCGAAAGACGGCAAAGUUGUGCAUGUGGACCUGGCCACCUUCAGUGCUGACGAUGUCUUCGAUGUAAACGGCGGCUCUGAUGUCCCUCGCCCCGCUGUGAUGGCCGGUGGCAGGAUCAUCAUUCGACGCACGGGAACUUCCGCAGGAACUGCGACUUUCGACAGGAUUUGCCAGGACUGGACUGGAGGUGACUCGGACAUACUCGGACAGAAGCAGGGUCUUUCUAGCAUGGUGCUUCUGUGCCACCAGAAGCUGGUGUCCGCCUACACGAUGGAAGAGCCAACCGAGUUCGAUUAUUCAAGCUUCACAAGUGCCUUUACGGACGACAAGUACGUUUAUUUCUUCCGCGACGUGCUCGGGCUCUUCCGCUCGGAGCUUCUUCUUGACAGCGCGGGCCUGCUUCCAAGCCAGCAGAUGACGCUACCCCAGGGUGUCCAGAACGAUGGCUACUUCGGAGGUUUCGUGGAUGGCAACUACGGUUAUCUGUUGCCUUCGACGAACCAUGCCACCGUCCUUCGAUUUCGGCUGGAGACGUUCACUUUCGUCGAUUCGUUGAACCUGGCGGACUCCUGGGAUGGCGAUGCUGCCAACGUAGUCAAUUGGUGGGGUGGCUUCAUGUACGGAGGGGACGGCUAUCUCCUUCCCAACGGAAAGGGUGUGCUUCCAAGAUUCAGCUUUGCGAACUUUACCACGGCGGAGUUCUUCGAUCUUACUAGUGUGGAUCCGGAAUUGCAGUCCUUUAGAAGAGCAGUCUUGCACGGUGCGGACGCGUACAUGGUGCUGCACGACAACCCUGAAACCAGCAACGGCGUGUGCAAGGUGGCGAAGCUGAAUCUCGAGUCAAGCUUCCCUUCUUCCCUGACAGUGUGGGACAUCUCAGGCUGGGCAGACGCAGGAGAUGGCAACACUUACUGCGGAGGUUGGGGCCAGGGCUUCAGCGAUGGGUUCACAGACGGAACCUACGUGUACAUGCUGCCAGGCACUUCUGGCCAGCACCUGGCUCGCUUCGCCUUCUCUUCAUUCGGCAGUCUUUGGGAAUCUUCUCCAGAGGCUUUGGUUUGGGUGGCUGUGGCGACGUCGUCCUACGAUGGCCUAGCAGGCUUUGCAGGCACAAACUCGGCGUACUUGGUGCAGAAGCAUUCCAGCACGAUCUCAAAGCUGGAUCUCCAAAGUGCAACAGUCACCGACACUGUGGAUGUCAGCCAGGUCGACUCCAUGGCGUGGGACUCGGACUGCGGGGUAUAUGGUUUCUACGCAGCAACUUCCAGCAACUCAGAUGUUCUCCUGUUCACGAACACCGACUACAAGAAGCUAUUUCGGGUGUGCCAGGAGAAUGGGCCGCCGGAUUACUGCAGCGGCGUUUCCGUGAAGACUAUUGCAUUUUCGAACAAUGACUACACGGGACUGAACAGUGGUUUUUCCGACGGCACACACAUCUACCUGGUGCCGCAUCAACGUUCCGUGCUGUUUCGCUAUGACCGGCAGAAUACGGUGUCCUACGUCGACCUGCCCACCAGCCAGGCGUACAAAGGAGGCUUCGCCCAUGGAAACUAUGCAUACCUCGUCCCUGGUUCUGGCAACAAGCUGCUCCUCCGUAUCGACUUGCUCGAGUGGCAUCCCUCGUUUGUGGAGAGCUCCGACCUGUCGUUGUUUGAUCCGAACCUGCAAAGCUUCUAUGGUGGCUUCCAUGACGACACCUACGGCUACCUUGUUCCUGGAGAGUAUGGCCGAGUUGUCCGCUUCCAGCUUGGAGCCAGUUUCGGAGAUAUUCAGGUGCUAGAUAUCACUGCGAUACAGAAUGAACUGCGGAAGUUCAGGAAUGGGUUCUCCGACGGCACCUGGGGAUACCUGGUGCCUUAUCAGACGAGUUCGAACUCUGCGUCCGGGAAGGUCGUGCGUUUUGACCUCGAGACUUUCAGCACCGUAGAAGUCCUCGAUGUUGCAGCAUCGAAUUCCAAUGCUGUGGCGUUCAACGACGGCUUCCACGACGGCACAUACGGUUAUCUGGUUCCUGGCCAACACGGAAUAAUCGCUCGAUUCUCCCUCGGAAGCUUCGACUCCGACACCGUGCAGUACCUGGAUGCAUCUGCGGCAGGCACCAGCUAUGUGGCCGGUUUCCAGAGGGGUCACAGCGGCUUCGUGGCCUCAGAGAGCGGCAACGUCUUCAAGUUCAACCUCGGCCAGCUCUCAGCUGUCGCCACUCAGGACUUGCAGUCCACCUUGUACGACAUGGUCAUGGUGCAGGGCCAGUUCUAUGCCCUGUCUUCGUCAGAUUAUCGGCAGUUCAUCCGCUAUUGCGAGGAGCCGCCCUUCGUGCAAGUGGAUCGGGCUCCUUGCCAGGAGGGCCAGGAAUUGCAGAACUACAGCGAUGUGCUCCCGAUGUCCGUGUCCAGCAUCGGUGGUGUCUUCAGUGAUGGCCUCUACCUGUACACGUUACCGAUGUCCUUUCUCGAGGUGCACCGCUUCGACUUGGCGACUUUUCAGAUCUAUCAGAAGCUGGACCUCUCCAGUCUUGGCCUCCAGACCUACACUUACUCAGCCGGCCUGACUGACGGCGCCUUUGGAUACUUGAUUCCCGGAAGCGGCGGCUCUCAGGUGGUUCGCUUUGAUCUGGCCAGCUUCGCGGGUUCUGCAGCGGAGGUGCAAGACCUGGCCCAGGUCGACCCGCGCCUGACAGGCUUUUCCGGCGGCUUUCUAGUUGGCAGCAGCCUUUAUCUGGUGCCUCAGGAGUCAGGCCAGUUCGUACGUAUCGAUGAUUGGAGCAGCGUGACGUACUUGAACCUGACGAGCACAGAUGCCGACCUGGCAAACCUGCGACCAGGUUUCGUCGAACUCGAUGCCUCCUUCGCUUUCCUGGCCUCCUACCAAGAUGCCUCGUACCAAAACACUGGCAAGAUCGUGAAGAUUAGUCUCAGCUCCUUCUCUGUUGACUCAGUCCUCGACUUGUCGAACGUGUCGUCCGACUACGUCGCAUUUUCUGCCACCUUCUCCGAGAAUUUCGAAGGCUACUCUGGGUUUGCUCUGUGCAGCAUGACUCCAAAAGUCAUCCGCUACGCCCUGGGGACCAUGGCGUUCCUGGAAGAGAAGGACUUCAGCGAACACAGUUUCUCCGGGUUUUCGCACGGCGCCCACGAUGGGACCUACGGAUACUUGGCCUCGGACAGCUCUGCCAAACUAGUGCAAUUCAAUUGGCAAGAAAAUCUGUUCACGGUCAUCGAUGCGAGCAACACUGGUGCAUACGGCUUCAACAGCUUCGCACUGACUGCUCCGGACGUCUACUUGGGAUCCAGCAGCGAUUAUCGAAGCUUCUACCGCAAGUGUCCGAAGGAGCUCUCGGAGAUGACGACAGCGAGCGAAACGUCGACCUCCGUGACGUUUUUCUCGUCGACAUCAACCUUCUUUGAGACGUCAACCUCCACAGGAACAGGGCCGGACCCAACGACAACGACAUGGACGACAUCGACGACAGCAACUGCUACUCACACCGGAAUUGCGGCAACGGUCACAUCAUCCACGACAACAGCUUCUGCAGACGCGGUUGAAACGAAUGCUAGCGAGUGCCGCCAGGGCAAUCUAAGCUACUCGCGCUACCUCUACGAUGCCGAGGAUGAUAUCUCGAGACUUCUGGUUAUUUGGGGGCCUUCCGGCUUGUUCACAGAUGCGGUAUCCACGAACAUCUUCUCCGAGGACACUGCAGUGGUGGUCCGAAAGGGGAUAGCCCCGCCGACUAACUUCACGGCCGUGGACCUGGCACAGGGUGGGCUCUUCAGCGGGUUCCGGGCUGGCUUCGGCGUCCAAGAUCUGGCGGUGCUUGUUCCCCGAAACUCUAGCUGGGUGACGGGCUUCAACGUGUCCAACACGGAGAGCACGAUUUCUUUGAAUCUUCUGAACCACUCUGCGGAGCUGGCCAACUUCGCUGGUGGCUUCGCCGCCAAGGCUUGGGCAUUCUUGGUGCCUGCGUACUUUGGUCGAAUUCCACGGCUGCGAGCGGAUGACCUCACAUUCAGCGGAAGUGUGGACCUGACUGAAACUUCUCCGGAUCUUCAUGUGUUCUCCAGCGGAUUCUUUGAGGACGGAUACGGCUUCUUGGUGCCGCACUCCUCGAGAGAUGGAAGCCCCUUGGGCAAGGUCGUGCGCUUCAAUGUUGACACUUUCGAAGUGGAGCUCCUGGACCUUGCCAGCCUCAAUGAGAACUUGGCAGGAUUCCACAGCGGCAUCCGGCGAGAUGGCUUUGGAUACCUCGUCCCUGGGGUCUUCGGCUGGGCGGUGCGCUUCGAACUCGCCGACUUCAGUACCUCCUCGGUGCAGAUGCUGAAUCUUACGUAUGUCGGCGACUUCAUGGGGGCUCAUUUGGACACGUUCGGUUCGACCAUCUACUUCCUCACGCUCCAGGGCGGAUUCGUCGGUGUGGAAUUGCCGGAUUUCUCUCUCCGCGUCUCGGACGGGCAGCUGGAGACCGAGUACCAGGAGUACCAUGCGUCCAUUGCCGGCUGGGGAAGGCAUUCCUUCGUGUGGAGCCUGGGGCGGACGAUGAUUGCUCUCGAGUGGUGCGAUGCUGGGGCUAAUACGGCAGGGACACCGAAGACGAUAGUCACGUUGGUUAUGUACGGCUAUGACGAUGCCAGCUGGAGAGAUUAUGCUUGGGCGUUGAGCAUGAUCGACGGAAGAUCGCCUGUGUCGAUGCAUAUGUCUCCUGGUCCCUUCGGCAGUUGGGUGGGUGAGAACUUUCUUAUCGAGCGUGAGAGCGGUGAUGUGGUGCUCAACGUCACAUGGCAGGAAGACAUGGUUUCUCAGGAGUUCCAGGGCAUUGCCGGCGAAACUUUGUAUCUGACAGUGACGCCAGGCAACAGCUCCGCCAGCAGCGACGGACGCUGGUGGGACAUCAUCGGCGACCACGGCAUCGCAUAUUCUUCGUGGCAUCAGCUGUAUCCCACAAAGCAGCCCUUCAUGGCGGCAGGAGCGACGCUGAGAGCUGGAGGAGGUCAUUCGGAGAGGGCGAAAUUCGAGGAGUUCUACGUGGAACCCAGCGCCAUAUUGAGCCUGAGUGUGAGCCCAAGAGGUGACACCAAUGGAACGAACAUAUCCUGGGCACCUUGGCUGUGGUGUCAGUGGAUGGCGUCGAAUCGCUGGUUGAGCCGCAUUAUCGAAGCUCUGGACGACCAUCGAGGUCCUAGUCAGCUUUGUGGUGAGUGGGUUCGGACAGAUGUCCCCGGUCCUGCGAUAAGCGUAUACGCAGCCGACCACGUUCCGGAUGGGCGUUCUGCCCUCGACUGUAUGAGCAAAAUGACUGCUAAGGUGCUGUACGACGUGAACAUGGAUGCUAUCCUGCGAUCCGGUGACGAGAUCUGGGACACUCCCUUUUGUUUGGAUGUUUUGCACUUAGUGGAUGCACGUGAAAGUCUAUUGCCUCUUGUGAGGCGGAUGCUCUAA